AUGAAUUCAUCUUUUGAUUCUGAACAUGUUUUAAAUGAUAGUUCGAGAGAUAUUGAAAAUGAUUUAACAAAAUCUCGAUUAUCAAGUGCUUCAAGAAAAAGUGCUGAACAAAUCUCGAGAUCUCUGAAUAAUUCUCUAGUUAAUGAUAAUUCAAAUGAAACAAGAAUUAAAUCUCCAGCCUCUUCUCGUUAUAAUGAAAAUCAAUUAAUUAAUGAUAAACAAUCAUCAUUUCAUUCAUCUGAUAAUGAGGAACAAGCAAUAUUUAAUCAUAAUUCACAUUAUUCGUCUUCUUAUAUUAAUCAAUCAAAUCAUGAUGAACAAAAUAAAUCAAAUCAACAUCUUAUGUCUUCACAACAUAUACAAAAUCAAUCAAUAUCAACUAAAGAUUCACUUGAACUUACAACAGAUGAUCAAAUAUAUCAUCCACGAAAAACCUACAAUCAACAACAUAGUAACAAUGAUGGACCAAAAACGGACAAAUUGACAUCGAAAGAAAAUGACAUUGAUGAUAAAAAGUCCGAAAUAUCACAAAAUGAUGAUUCAAACGAUGAUCAUCCAUCCUGUCUAUUUUGUGCAGACAAAAAUUGGCUCAAUCUUCAAUGGUAUAAUAGUGAUACGAGUAAUAAAGGUGAAGAAGUUGAAAGUCAUCCAAUAAAAAAGCCAAACGAUCUUGAAAAUGAAAUGGAAGAUCCAUCUGGUAAUAUUGAUCAAGAUCUAUUGGAUCGUAUUCAAGGAUCAAUUAUUGGAAUGGCAUUAGGCGAUGCUUUGGGCGCACAUGUAGAAUUUCGACCAUAUUCAUAUAUGAAAGCUAAUCCAGUAAAAGAUCUUGAAGGAGGAGGGACGUGGGGUCUUCAAAAAGGACAGUUCACUGAUGAUACGUCAAUGGCUCUUUGCUUAGCUAAUUCAUUAUUGGCUCGUCGUGAUUUUAUUCCAUAUGAUCAAUUAGUUCGUUAUAAAUGGUGGUACAGAUUUGGAUAUAUGUCAUCAACUGGACAAUGUUUUGAUAUAGGUGCAGCUACAAGUCAAUCAUUACGUGAAUUUGAACAUCGUCAAAAGCUUUUUGCAAAAAAACACUCUCUUCCACUUAAAAAAAUGGAUCAACUAUCAGAUGAAAUUCGUCUUAAUGAAUUCGAUGUAUAUUGUAGCGAACCGGAAGUUGCUGGAAAUGGGGCUUUAAUGCGUUUAGCACCAGUACCUCUCUUUUUCUUUCGAAAUAAAUAUGCUGCUAUUGAAUUUUCGGGUCGAAGUGGCGAGAUUACACAUGGUGACAAGAAAUCUUAUGAUGCUUGCCGAUUCUAUGGUGCAUUAAUUGUUGCUGCUCUUCGUGGAUAUAAAAAAGAACAAAUAUUGGCUAAAAACUUUUAUUCUAAACAUAAACAUUGGUUUGCUAAUGAACCAUUACAUGAAGAUAUACAACAAAUUGCUGAAGGAUCAUUCAAAAAGAAAGGUGGCUAUAAAAAAGGUAUUCGAGGCAAAGGUUAUAUUGUCAAGGCUCUUGAAGCUGCUUUAUGGGCGUUUUGGUCUGAUGAUGGUUCAUUUGAAAAAGGUGCUCUUGCUGCUGUUAAUCUUGGUGAUGAUACAGACACAACAGCUGCUAUUUACGGUCAGCUAGCUGGAGCUUAUUACGGAUAUAAAAAUUUACCUGAACGAUGGCUUCAGCAUGUCUAUGCCCACAAAUUUUUAAAAACAUUAGCUAAAUGGAUUGCAUAUGAAGGAGAACAAUGGGAAUUGAAGAUGCGCAAAUCUACUACUAAUAAAUAA